GAACUGAGAGAGCCCCCAGAUGCCUGAGUAGGAGAGACAGGGGACAGAGGUUGCCAAGCCCUGGCUGCCACUUGUCAGGUUCCUUGUGUUAGACAUGCAUAAUCUGUAUGCCAUCACUGGGUACCCGGACCCACCAGGGACCAUGGAGGAGGAGGAGGAGGAUGAUGACUAUGAGAACUCAGCGCCUCCCUACAAGGACCUUCCUCCCAAGCCAGGAACUAUGGAGGAGGAGGAGGAGGAGGAGGAUGAUGACUAUGAGAACUCAACGCCUCCCUACAAGGACCUUCCUCCCAAGCCAGGUUCAAGUGCUCCACCAAGACCUCCAAGAGCAGAAAAGGAAACAGAGAAACCCCCACUUCCUUGCAAGCCCCGGAACAUGACAGGACUGGACCUCGUCUCUGUCACCUGUCCACCUCCUCAACCGGCUGUGAAUCUUGAGCCUUCUCCAUUGCAGCCAUCCCUGGCCGCAACUCCAGCGCCCUGGCUCAAUCAGACAUCUGAAGGUCCUGGCUGCUGCCAGAAGAGGUGCAUGAUGUAUCUGUGUCUGCCGGUGGUGAUUUCCCUGAUCCUGGGCUGCGUGGGUCUCACCGUGACCCUGAUUAAAUACCAGGAGUUGAUGGAAGAACUGAGAAUGUUAAGCUUUCAGCAGAUGACGUGGCGAGCAAAUAUGACUGGCAUGUCAGGGCUAGCUGGCCUGAAGCAUGACAUUGACCGUGUAAGAGCUGACACCAACCAGUCCUUGGUGGAACUUCGGGGCUUAUUAGGCUGCCGCCGAGUUACCUGUCCGGAAGGCUGGCUGCCCUUUGAGGGCAAGUGUUAUUACUUCUCCCCAAUCACCAAGUCAUGGGAUGAAGCUCGGAUAUUCUGCCAGGAGAAUUACUCUCACUUGGUCAUCAUCAAUAGCUUUGCUGAGCACAAUUUUGUGGCCAAGGCUCACGGCUCUCCACGGGUGCACUGGCUGGGGCUGAAUGACAGGGGCCAAGAAGGGGACUGGAGGUGGCUGGAUGGGUCUCCUGUGACGUUAAGCUUCUGGGAGCCAGAGGAACCCAAUAACAUCCACAAUGAGGACUGUGCUGCCAUGAACAAAGAUGGCACCUGGAAUGAUCUGUCUUGCUACAAAACUACGUAUUGGAUUUGCGAGCGGAAAUGUUCCUGUUGAAGCCCAGACCGAGGCUGGGGGGUCCAUAUUCGAGCGUCCCUCACUCUUUGAGAUGAGAAUCUCCUGCCCUUUCGUGGACGGCCUUGCCUCUUCAUGAGUGGACACAGAUGUGCCCCACGCAGGAUUGGCACCCUGGAUGCAGCAAAUUCCCAGGGAUGCAAGUCAGGCUGCCUCUAGAGUGAAGACUUGGGCUUGUCCUAGUAGAUGGUGAGCUGGGAGGACGCUCAGAGCUUGGUGGUGGGAGGUCUCCCAGUUCUGGGGUUGAACGGAUCUUCACUAAAUUCCUGAUCAUGACUCUUGGGAAGUGAUACUAGCCCUGAAGACCCUGGGGCUGGUAUUGAACCUGGGAUGAAAUAUCCUGGCGCCUCUGAACCACAAAGAGCUGGGACUGGGCUCCUUUUUCUGCAGCCUCAAACUUCUGGGCUCAGGCCAUCCUCCCAUCUCAGCCUCCUGAAUAGCUGGGACUAUACAUGUGCACCACCAUGCGUGGCCAAUUUUUUGUAGUGUUUAAAGAGAGGGAGUCUCACUAUGUUGCCCAGGCCAGUCUCAAACUCCUGGCCUCAAUUGAUCCUCCUACUUGGGCCUCCCAAAUUGUUAGAAUUACAGGUGUGAGCCACUGUGCCUGGCUCAAAAUUAUUAUUAUUAUUAUAGAGAUGAGGUCUCACUCUGUUGCCCAGGCUGGUCUCAAACUCCUGGGAUCAAGCAAUCCUUCUGCCUUGGCCUCCCAGAGUGCUGGGAUUACAGGCAUGUGUCACCACACCUGGCCGAUAUUUUUAUUUUUAUUUUUACUUUCCCCAUCUUUUCCUUUUUUUUUUUUUUUAAAUGAAAGCUUUGAAAGUGGUGACAGCAAAAUUUCCCUUAGAACUAGACCUCUAGAUCUGCCUUGCACAGAAAUACAUUAAAUGGACUGGUCUCAUGUAGUCCCCGCCAUCUUUGCAAAUUACAAACCUAAAAAUUACAGAACAUCAGCAGAGAAGACAGGAGAGCUUCUAUACUUACCCCAUGUUGUCCUCUGCGGACACUGCUUCCUUCCUGGUCUCAAACAGCACAAAUAACCCAGAAACUAUCAAAAGUAUUUUGGACCAGCAGCUUUCUCAAUGUCUUGGGUAAGGUUUGCACAAGCUAAGUGGCAGAAUCAGACCUUUGCCAGAAGACUUGGCCCAUGGAAAUUCUAUCCUUUUUUUUUUUU